UGCCCUUCCUUUUUACCUGAUUAUGAAAUGUAUUCUGAAUGGAUAUCAAUUUCUGCAACUACUGAGGCAGAAAAGCUACGAUGGAGUGUUUUGAAUAAGUUUCCAGGGGCAGCUGGAAGAGAUGUUGUGAUAGCUGUUGUGCGUCCUCUUGUAACUACACUAGGAAUCAACACAGGACAUUGUGAACAUAGUGGUUUGUUGUCAGACAAAGAGGUACAAUGGACUAUGGAAGUUGUCUGCUUUGGAUUAAGCCUACCAAUGUUAGAACAUGAGGCAAUUCGAGAUUGUGUCAGUGUUUACUGUGAGUGGUUCCUGGCUCUUACUAAACCUAAAGCUUGUGUUCCAAAACCAGUAUGUGAAGACCCAAACAACUAUGUUAGAAGAAUGCUUCAUCAUUUGUACAAUCUCUUUGUUCCCAGGUCUGAGGAAGCUUCUGAUAUAAACAAGCAAGCUGUGUUGUGCCAUAGAGUUCUAAGAACUAUUCAGUAUGUUGCAGCAGAAUCAACCAUUAUUGAGCGAGAAACCUGGGAAUCGUUGUUAUUAUUUUUGCUAGCAACAAAUGAUAUGUUGCUUGCUCCACCUGUGGUGAAAGAUGACAUAGGAAGCCAGUUGUGUGAGAGGAUAAUUAGUGUGUUGUUUGAAAUCUGGCUUUUGGCCUCCCAUCGUUGUUUCCCAUCACCACCACUGUGGAAAACAUUUAGAGAGCUUUGCUGUAAUUGGCGUCAUCGUGUGUCUUUGAUAGAUCAGUGGAACCAUACAUGCCUUGCACUUACAUCACGAGUUCUUCAAUUUAUGUAUGGAACUGAUUUCCCACAAGUGAAAUUACAGGAGGAAGACAGUCAUCUUGUGCCAGUAGAUAUGAGUAAUGAAUGUGUUGCUCAAGCAUGGUUUCGUUUCCUUCACACAUUGGGUAACCCAGUAGACCUGUGUCGACCUGAAGUCAUCAGUCAGACCACCAAGUUUUAUCAGUUUGCUUUCACUAGUGAAGAUGUAAUUGAUCCUUGUCAGCAUCCAUGUUUAUCUCAUUUACCGCAAGUUUUUCUGAAAGCUAUGAAGGGAAUUGCCACACUGGUUGAUGCAUUUUUAGGCAUAACUCAACCAGAAAAUGAGCAUAAAUCCCAGACAGCUAUUACUCACUCUCAAACAUCAUCUACUCCCCCACAUCCUAGGCGAAGUAUAACUAAAAGCAUAGUUUCAGCUACAUCUAAUAAAGGAGCACAGAAGUCAGGACUAAUGGCAGGGCUUUCAUCAAAGGCUGGAGGAGGACACCAUAAUCAACAGUUGCAACCACAGAACCAAUAUCUAUCACCAGUAAAUACCCCUAGUGGUCCAACAUUGUCUUCUCUCCAUCUUCAGCUAUCACCUUCUCGACCAAAGUGUAACUCUGUAUUACAUCUGUUUGGAGCAUGGCUUUUUGAAGCAUCUUUGAUUGGCUCAGAAUUAGGUGUCAGAAGUAGAAGUUUUGACAGUCUAGAGGGAGGAACAAAGAGACCAAGCUCAGUUGUGUUGGAUGGCCGCCAGCCAAUGCCACAAUCUGUUCCUGAUGCAGUAGAAAUACCAUCUAAUCUGACUGUUGAUAAUUUUGAAGCUGGCCAAGCAGAAGCUGUUGGAACUUUGUGUAGAUUGUUCUGUUCCAAACGAACAGGCGAAGAAAUCUUACCUAUUUACUUAGCUCGAUUCUACUUAUCUUUGCAGUAUGGAUUGUCUGGAGGUGAGGUUUCCCGAGGUCAAGUAAUGUCUAGCAUUCUCAUGAACUCCUGUGAUCUUUUGAGACAAGAUUUGGAUGGUGUUAUGGUGUUAGUACCUCAUUUUCUUCAGGCUCUAGAGCUUGUGCUUCCAGAAGGACUAGUGAAAAUUAAACCUAUUCCCAUGGUUGAACUCCGAAGAGCAUCUAUUCAUCUGUUGCUGUCCAUGUUGGCACUUCCCUUACAUUUUGGUAAUCUUUCAAUUAAAGAUAUUUCAAAUGCAACUUCUGAUAAGCCUGUUACAACAUUUCAAUCAUUGCGUCCAAGGCUGGUGAACCUAUUGACUAAUGCUUUACAACAUGAGACCGAUUCUGCUAACACUCAGAUGCUUCUUGGUGAGAUAUCUGAUGUUCUUUAUUUUUAG